GCACAUGGCUGGGACUCCAGCUCCAGCGGUGCCAGGGGCUGCCGCGGGGCAGGCUGGAUGGGAGAGCUGUGCCAGGAUGCUGGGGGACACUGCUGGAGGAGGGACGGCAGUCCUGACCUCACUGUUCCACUUGCUGUGAGGCUCUUUUCCCCCCACCCCCACCCCCAUGAUGGUGCAACACUUCCUCUUCCCGUGGCUGUUGUCGCAGCUUGCAACGAGCGCUGGCGAGGCCACCAAGCCCGGGAGCAUCACCUUUGCCUGGCCCUGCUCGGUGUGGCUUUCUCCAAGUAGGUGGCAUGAGGGAUGCUGCGCCAGAGGCACACACAGGUGGUGCUGGCCCUGUGCCUGCUGCUGGUCCUAUGGCAAUGUUUCCGAGCACCCACAGAUGGCCUCGGCCCCUUCCUCUGGGCUCCAACCCUCCGCGACCUCCCUGAUGCCCAUUGCACUGCUGGCACCAUGGGAUCCGCAUGGUUCAACGCCCACUACAACACAGCUAUGGGGCCUCUGCUGACCAGCACAGCCCAUGAACUCUCCUCUGACGUGGUUCAGUGGUGGCUGACCCUGCAGGGUCCCCCCAGUGAUGUCCAUCUCCAGGCCGUAAUGCAGCAGCUCUUCACUGUCCUCCCGGCCCCAACUGGCAGUGUGUGGGAUCCGUCUCGCUGCAGGACUUGUGCGGUGGUGGGGAACUCGGGACGGCUGAACGGCUCUGGCCAUGGGCUGCGGAUUGAUGCCCACGACUGGGUGCUGAGGAUGAACAGAGCAAAGAUCACUGGCUUUGAGCUGGAUGUUGGCAUGAGAACAACUCAUCACUUCAUGUACCCAGAGAGUGCAGUGAACCUCGGUCCUGGUGUCCACCUCGUCCUCAUCCCCUUCAAGCCACUGGACCUGCAGUGGGUGGCCAGCGCCUUCUCCACUGGAGAGCUCACGCAUACAUACGUCAGAGUGAAACAGUUCAUCAAAGCUGACAGAGACAAGGUGCUCAUCCUGAGCCCAGCUUUCCUCAAGUACAUCCACGACAACUGGACGGGGCGGCAGGGCCGGUACCCCUCCACUGGCUUCACUGCCCUGCUCUUCGCCCUGCACACCUGCCAGCAGGUCUCCGUGUUCGGCUUCGGAGCGGACAGCGAAGGGAACUGGCACCACUACUGGGAGAGAAACCGCUGGUCCGGAGCUUUUCGCAGGACAAGGGUCCACAAUGCUGAUGUCGAGUUCAGCCUCAUCCAGAGACUGGCAGCUGAAGGCAGGAUUUUGUUCUACAAAUGAUGCUCUUCUAAGAAACUGAAGCUCAGGAACUGGCAGCCCCUGCACUGCCAGCAGCUGCUUUAACUCCAGUUUGCUUCUCCCUCCAAGUGCUUCCACGUGCCCAGGCUCAGCCCCCGUGACCCCUGGUGUAUCCGUGCUUGUCUCUCCAGCGGGUGCUGGUAGGUGACACACUCCCAUGGCACAAGGGAUGCUGCAUUGGCUGGACACAGUGUGGGCACAGCUCUGUCCACACUGGCUUGAGGACAGGGGUCUGGUGGGCCUGGAGGCGGGCGUGGAGCCCAUGAGGUGCACCUCACGUGUGUCCCUGUGGCGGCUCUGAAGCUGCUGGGUGACAGUGCUGGUGGUGGUGGCUGCUCAGAUGUGACAGCCCACGUGGCAGAACUGACCACCUCCACUCACAGAGGGCUUUUGGGGAGGUUCAUAGUGGUUGUAUCAAAGAAGAGUAAGAAAUCAAAUGUGCUGAGUCAGAAGAUGACAGACUCAAGUACAGCUGAAAUGAUCUCAUGUUGAAUAAACUUUGAAAACACA